AUCAGUGCUGCAUUCCUGGUAAAUUUCCAUUGAAUCUGCUACUUCAGUAAAUAUUUUCGUGUUCUAUUCUAACCUAUUUAUGCUCUUUUCAGUUUUUUUUCUUUCAGAUCUCUUGUUUAUUUUUUAUUUUUUCUAGUUACUCUUUUUAAAAAGUCUCUUAUUUUCCAUCUUAGAAUCAAUACUAUGUAUCAGUUUUAAGGCAGAAGAACAGUAAAGGCUAGGCAGUGAAGAUUAAGUGACUUGCCCAGGGUCACACAGCCCAGGAAUUCCCAUCUGUAGACCUUGCUCUCAAUCUCCUGAGCCAUCUAACAUCCUCCUUCAGUUACUCUUAAAGUUCUUUGGCCCAAGAUUUUUUCUGGUUCUCUAUUUUUACUUUUUGUAAAAUUUAUUUGUUCUAGAUUUUUCCUUUGGGUAUCUUUUGGAUCCAUAAUAUUUCUUUAUAAUGUUCUGCAUGCUCCUCUGUAUAUUGAUUUGGAAUUUCAUGCCCAAAUCUGCAUUUCUAGCCUACUCUUAGAUUAAGAUGGUCAUAUUUGUUUGGUGCUGACCUUAGUUUUUGAUGUCUUACUUUAGGCUUUUACUUCCUCUGUUGUGUCCAGGCUUAGAGUGCCGACCAGCCUUAGUGUCUCUGUCAGAGCUCUGUUGGCUUUGUGAUCUGGGUGCUACCACUCCCACCCUUUGUGAGAUGUUGCUUGUUAGGGUGGGGAGGUGUUGUGGUCUUCUGUCCCCCAUUCUCCUGAAUUGGAGCUGACUUUCCUGCUAGGACUAGGGCUAGGCAGUGGAGUUAACUGACUUGCCCUAGGUCACACAGGUAGCAUUAGUUGGAAUUCUAAUGAUAUUCCAUGUUGUUAGUCUUUGAAUUAAUAAGGCCAUUGUAUAGAUUACUCUCCUGGUUCUGCUUACUUCACUCUCUAUCAAUUUAUAUGUCAUCCUUAGUUUCUCUGAACUUUUCAUAUUUUUAGCUUUUUAUGAUACAAUAAUAUUUCACCAGAUUAAUAUACUAUGAUUUGUUUAGCUCUUUGUUAAUGAUGGGAAUGCCUCCAGAUUUUUGGUGCUUAGAAUUUUUAUUUUAAUUUUUUUUUAACCCUUACCUUCCAUCUUGGAGUCAGAAGAGUGGUAAGGGCUAGGCAAUGGGGGUCAAGUGACUUGCCCAGGGUCACACAGCUGGGCAGUGUCUGAGGUCAGAUUUGAACCCAGGACCCCCAUCUCUAGGCUUGACUCUUAGUCCAUUGAGCCACCCAGCUGCCCCCAGUUCUUAGAAUUCUUGACAAUAAUCAAUUGAUAGUAAUACAUGAACAUAUACACAUGCAUCAUUGGAUCUUAUUAAGCAUCAGAUGUGCUAUAUUAUCUAUAGAUGAGAACAUGUAAGUCAAAGACAUCUAGGGCAAGAAAGAGGAAGGAAGCUGUAGUAUACUGGCUGCCCCUUCCUCAUGCUAAUAACAAACCUAUAUAGUCUAGGGAUAGUACAACUCAAGCCAGAAGUAGCAGGGGUGGGAAAAUUCAUCUCUCUUCCUGUUACAAGAGAAGACAAGACUGUAGAUGAAGAUUUUCAAUUCAAACCUAGAUCUCCAGAUCAUCUUUCCUCUCUUUCCCCCAGAAAAACCUCCCUCCAAAACAAAGACCUGUAGUUACAAUUGCUUUUCCCCCACACCCUCCAAUCAUCCCGUUUCUAAAUCCAACAAUUGCCAAGAUCUCUGAACACUUAGUAAAACAGACAAGGUUCAUAGAACAUCGAUUGAAACAAUGGUUCCACAUCUAUUAAUUUUGUGAUUAUCAUAAGUGUUUUGAUUUAAUUCAGUUAAUUAAGGAUGUUGGCUAUCAAUCAAGCAAAUAUUUAUUAAAGAACCUAUGUAUUGGUUAAUAUAUUAGGCUUUGAGAAUACAAAAGACAAAAAAAAACUUACGAAGCUUACAUUAAUGCUUUUCCCUUAUCUCAUAGAGUUUUGUUUUGAAUAUGAUCGAGAUAUCUUAGUGAAAUUAAGAGGAGGAUUUCUGAGGGCCUCCAGGGAAUAUACUGGGAAGAGUUGUGUCAAAGACAAAAGGGAUCAUUUUCCUACUCUCAGUGCGAGGGCACAGGGGAGGAGCACCUCUAUGAAGAUUUCCAAGACCUUGACCUCUCCCAGUUGGAUGCCAGUGAUUUGGAUUCUGCCAGCUGCUUCAGUGAACUUCAGUGGGGCCCUGAAACAUCUGAAAACGGAUUCAGCCAGUGUGGCACCUGUGGAGAAGACUCAGAACUUUUCCAGAUCAUAAGUGGUGAAAAUGAGGCCCUGUUGGCUGCUCUCACUGAGACCCUGGAUGAUAUCCAGGAAGAGGACAUGGGCCUGGCUGCCUUCCACACUCUGGAAGAUGGGGACGUGCCCACCCCAGGCCCCACCUCACCUGCCCCCUCACCCAAAGCCAGCCCUGAUGCCCUGGAUGGGCUACAGGCUCUUGGGUCUGAGGUUGAUGAACUUUCUCUGUUGCAGAAGCUACUCCUCUCACCAUCCCAUACUACUCCAAACGUGGAGGCCCAGAAGGAAGGGGCUUUCCGGAGACAAGGAGCAUCUAAGUCAAAAAGCCAACGACCUUACCUCAAGAUGGAAAGCCCCCAGGACAAGAAGUCCUCGCCUCCCCAGACUCAGAGCCGAAGCUACACAGAACUGCACAGGCAUCUCACCUCAGCUCCCUGCUGCCCCCGCACUAUGUCUCGGGCUCCAGACAGGGGAUGGCAGCAGCUGCCUCCCUCCCCGCCAGCCCAGAGCCCUCGACCCCCCAUCAAGGAAGAAAGUGACUCGGGCGAGGACUGCUCAAGCCCCAGGCUUGCCCAGACCUCGUCCCCGGCCUCCCCUAAGCCAUCUGCUGAAAGCACUGGAACCCAGUUUGCCUGUGCAGAGGACAUGCGUGCCAUGGUGGAGCUGAUCCGUUACAUGCAUACCUACUGCCUUCCCCAGAGAAAGUUGCCCAUCCAAGGCUCAGCAACACCCCCUCAGCCGUGCAACAACCCUUUCAAGAAAGCCAAGGCCGACUGCACGUUACAAAAGGCAGCAUCCUUCAAGAAUGCGGAGGGGAAGCCACCAGACAGCCUGGUGCAGAGGCCAACAGCUGUCCAACCUCCCAAAGCUUCCUGGUCCAAAUUCUCUAUACUGAGAGAGCUGCUGGCUCAAGACCUCUUCUGUGAUGUGAGCAAGCCCUACCGGCUGGCCAUGCCAAUUUACGCUUCCCUGUCACCCGGCACCAAGCCCAGCCCUGGACCCUCUGAGGAAAGCCAAAGACCCUCAUCCGAGAAGGCCUGUGAGGUGCGGAUCAAGGCCUCCCCUGGGACCUCGGAGCCCAGGCCCAGCUUCAGGCCCCUGAAACUGGAAGUGAAGGAAGAAAUCAAUGCCCUACCAGUGGCGAAGGAGGAAAAGGAGGAAGGGCAAGGGGAGGUGAGAAUGUGUACACAGAGUCCACCUCUGUCAGCGGGGACCAAGAUGGGACGGAAGCCAGAGAGCUCUGUUUAUGCUGUUCGACGCUCCAAGAGACUGAACCCCGAACUCGGCCCUUGGCUUUCAUUUGUAGAUGAGGCACCCCCAGAAGAGAGAGCAGACCCUCUGCCCUCACUGUGCCUAGACCCAGAGACCUAUGAUGCUGAGGUGGAAGUAGAGGUGGGCAGCCCGGAAGAAGGACAAAGUGUUGGUGACCAGAACCAGCAGAGAGCAACCCAGCUCCCUGCCCUGGAGAGCCCCAGUGAGAGUGGGAGUGGUGAGCCGGAUGAGGACCACAGCUGCCCUCCAUUAUGCUCGAGAGAAACUCCCAGGUGCUUCACACUGGCCUUGUCACACAAUGACCCUUCGCUGGGGAAACGGAACUUUGACCAGGUGCUGACAGUGGAGCUCUGUGGGACAGCAGGUCUUACACCACCAACCACACCACCCUACAAACCUAUUGAGGAAGACCCCUUCAAGCCAGAUGUGAACCAUAGGCCAAACAAAGAGACAGCACCAUCCACCCCAUCCCUUGAAGGUCCCCGGCCUGUGGCAAUUGCCAGAGGGCCCCAUAAGUCCCGAAAGAAGUAUCCUGAGAGGAGUGAACUCUUGGCCCACCUGAGCCGAGCCACAGUUCAGCCAUCCCAGGUAGGCCAGAAGCGACCUUUUUCCCGAUCCUUUGGAGACCACGACUAUUGCCAAGUCCUCAAGCCAGAAGGAUCCUUCCAGAGGAAGGUACUGAGGUCAUGGGAGCCCUCAGCCCACGCAGAGGACAGAUCCCAGCCCAGACUUUCCAGGGCUGAUGUACAAGUACCGAGCAAGGAAAGUGCAAGCUGCAAACCUCCCAAUAAGGACAGCAAGCCCCUAAGAGACCAUGAGAUCCGAGCCAGCUUAACGAAGCACUUUGGGUUAUUGGAUGGCACCUUGGAGGAGGAAGAUUUUGCCUUGUGCAAGAGCCCAGAAUAUGACACUGUUUUUGAGGACAGCAGCAGUGACAGUGGUUUCCUCUUGGAGGAAGAGGAGGAGGAUGAGGAUGAGGACCUCUGUGUCCAUUCUCUUCCAUGUCAGCACUGCCUCCACCCAAGACCUUUCAGCAAAGCCAGUUGGCAUCAUGGCUCUCGGAGCCGAUCAAGCUCGGGCUCUUCAUGUCACAGGUCCAGAUCCCCAGCAAACCGGAGGACUUUCAGAUGUGGAAACAAAGAACAUUGUGGAGAAGGAAGCCCAAGUGUCCGGCACAUUGAGAAGAAAAGAGAAAAGGCCAUUCAGGGAGAAGGCCGGGUGGUAUACAUUAGGAACCUCUCCAGUACUAUGAGCUCCAGUGAGCUGAAGAAACGUUUUGAAGUGUUUGGUGAGAUUGUGGAGUGUCAAGUACUGAAAAGGAACAAGAGGGGUGAGAAAGAUGGUUUUAUUACCUAUCGGUGUUCAGAGCAUGCAGCCUUGUCCCUGAGGAAUGGUGCAGCCCUGAGGAAGUGCAACGAACCCUUCUUCCAGUUGAGCUAUGGGGGCCUUGGGCAAUUCUUCUGGACCAGAUGCACUAACUUUGAUUCCAAUAUAGAAGAGGCCUCCCCGGCUUCGGUGAAAAACAAGUAUGAAGCCAUGGAUUUUGACAGCUUGCUGAAGGAGGCCCAGAGAAGCCUACAUCGAUAACAGCCUUAACCCUAGAGGAAUACCUCAAUACCUCAGUCAAGGCCCUUCCAAUAUGUUUACGUUUUCAAAGAAAUUAAGUAUAUGAAAAAAGAGAAAGAGAGAGAGAGAGUGAGAGAGAGAGAGAGAAACUGAGACUGCUGUCCCUAUAAAUCAAUGUUUACAUUGAACAAAGCUGCUUCUGUUUGUGAGUUUCCAUGGUGUUGAUGUUCCACUGCCACACUUUAGUAUCCUCGCUUCAGAUUGGUUGUUUUGGGUGCGUCUGUAAGCAUUCUGCCACCCAGCCCCACCUCCCCCUGACUCCCAACCCCCCCAGUUCCCAUUGUGGAGUUACAGCUGUGUUCCCAUCACAUUUUCUGUCUGUAGUGUGUGAUGAUAAAAUUGUUACUUGUGAAUAGAAUCAGGACUAUAAACUAAUUUUUAAUUGCAGAAAAAAAGUAUAUACUUAAAAUACCAUAUUUAUGGCUCAGAUGUACUGUACUUCGAACUAAUUCAUUGUGCCGCUUCCUGGAUCUCUAACUAUGCACUGUAAUGAGGUGCUCGCCACUGUGCUGAUGGACUCCCGGCUGGCCCCGGGAGGGAGGGAAGAAAAGAAGGAAGGAGGGAAAUCAGGGAGGGGUUGAGACCCCAUUGGACUUCAUCUCCUCCCUGGAGCAGGAGGCUGGAUGGACAUUUGUGUGAAGCCUCCAUCUGUCACCAGCCCAUCUUCCAAACCUUAUCCUUACCCAUCCCAGUCCUCUCCAUCUCUCUGCCCAACAUCAUCCCAGCCCACGACUUUGCACUGGCUACUUUGGGUGGUAGACCAACUGAUAGCCUCCAGAGCAAUGGCCAAAGGUCCAGAGUGAGACUGUGUCCCUGAUGGAAGUGGAAGAGUUCAGAGCAAGCCUUCAUGUUGUGCAGUUUCAAUCACAAUUGGACUGGUUAGCUGUCAUAUAUUUGUUGUUAUUCAGUCGUGUCUGACUCUUCGUGAUCCCGUGGACCAUAGCACGCCAAUACAGUCCAUGGGGUUUUCUUGUCAAUAUGAUACAUACCUGUGGCCUGAAAGUCCACUCUGAUUCUCAUUCACCCUCCUAUUUGCCUACCAGACAGGGAACUAUGCCAAACUCCCCAUCACUACAAACCCAGUAGAUCCAGACCAUUUUAGAGCACUUAUAAAUUUUAAGCUGCCACAAAUAAUGAUACUUACUGAAACUGCCCUUUUGCAACGAGAGCAACGGUGUGAUGUCUUAGAGAUGAGAGCAAGCCUCAAAGCCAGGAAGACUCAAGUCCACUUCUGACAUACGCUAGCCACAGGAGCCUGCACAAGUCCCUCUCUCAGCUGUAGGCAAAUCUCUAAAGCUGCAAGUUUCAGAGAAAGUGAUGACCUUCAUUGGCAGAGGGAGCCUCUUCACUAGGAGGUCCUUCUGCCAGUAAAAUUACAGAUCCAGUCCUUACCCCUAGCCUAUCUACCUGCAGUCUAGUUACUGGGCUUUGUGAAGAGCUGAUGCUAAUCUCAGUGGUCUUCAAAUGGCACCAGGCUACAGCCAUCCCAACCACAAGAUGUGGACAUUUGUUCACGGAUGCCAGAAAGAACCUUUUGGGAAUUGGUAGCUAAUUUUCUUAAUAUUGUCAAAAGACUCAGAUCGUGGAGCUUUGAUAAAGAGCAUGUUUUGUGAUUAUCUGAGAAGAUCCUAGACACAAAAAAAGUCAAGUGAGAAGGGAAUCUUGGUGGAAGCUCCCCCUAGUUGAGACAAAGCUUCUCCGCUCCUUGUACCCAGUCCCCAAGAAUCAUUAGUCCUUAUAAAAUUUAGUCCAUGGGCCCUAGCUACUAGGUCCUGGGCUGUUGUCUAGAUUCCACGUAAAUCUCAGAAACUCUAGUACAGUGGCACGGUCUCCGUAGAAGCCCUUUCUUCUCAGCUCUCUUUCAUCUCCCUUCCAUGAGGCAGGCCAUAAGUUGAGGGUUUUACCAGGCUAGAAAACACAGCAUCAGCUCAGCACUGCCCAUAUCCACUACCUCUCCUACUGGGCCAGUAGCCAGCCUGGGGAAGGAGGGUUCCCCCAAAAUAGAACCAAUCAUGUCCAAACCCAGUUAUCACAAUUCUGGGGUGAUUGUGGCUCUCAUGGCAGGUUUUACCCAAGUUUUACAAAGGAAACUGUUGCUAGCUAAUGCUCAGUUCUUACCGCUGGCGUGUCCUAGAUAAGUUUGCCCUGACCAAUGUCAUUUCAUGAUUACAUGCUUAAUAUGUUAAUGAAACUCUGCUCUGACACUGAUUAUUGUGAUAUAAUAAUUUAAAACAUCGUUCCCUUGGCACCCACUGCCUCUUGGAACAGCAUUUCACCUAAUGCCAGAGAAAUGGUUCAAAAAACCAGUCAGCUAAACAUGUGGAAGAGGAUUCCUGAACUUUGUUGUAAUAUGAUCUAGAAAAAAUAGAGCAAGCAUCAUUUCUGAUCUGAGGUGUGGUAACUGAGAUCCUUAUGGAUGAAGUUACAAUAUUAACUCCUCCAUAGAGGAGGCAGAAAGCCCAUCCAAAUCACCUUCACAAUCCCUCUUUAUUCUAACUUGUGCCAAGAAGCACUCUCUGAGAUUAAGCUACAUGAAUGCUAAAGACUGGAACAGGUGACAUUCAACCAUGGGCUGAUCCUUGAGUUAGUCACUCACUUUUCUAUUGGAACUACAGGCAUUCACUCUAGGGACCGCCUUCUGCCGCCACUGCCUGAAAUGUUAGGCAACUGAGAAGGAGGUCAUCUGUUCCAAUGGAAAGACCUUACUUUAGUCUACUAGCCAGCCUCAGCUUUCCCCAUCUAUUAAAUGACAAGAUUGAACUAGAUGAUUCCCUCUGGCCCCCUCAGGACCAAUAUUCUCUGUUCUCUUUUCUAAUAUCCCUUCUAGCUUUCACAUUCUCUAAUCUAAUCAUUUAAGACCUUCCCUUAUAGCUUACAGCUGUAAUUCCUGUAAACACAUCCAUAUUCCUGGGAAGAGUUGUUCUGACCUCUGUGUGAAGGAAAUUGCUGAGAGCAGGUUUGUGGGGAGACAAAAGUGAGUAGUGAAGGGGAAGCCUGACCUCCAGAUCUUCUUUUUAGUAAUUAAGUUACUUGUUUCUCCAUGGUCAAGGAUUAGUUCUCAAGUCAUCUCUGCCUGCCAAAGUAUAAUCCUCUGGACUCCCCACUCAUCAUUGUGACUCCAUCAUGUCACCAGAUACCCUGAGUUUAUGUGCUUCCCACAAAAGACCAGAGCCUGGUACCCAGUUAUUCCUCAUGUUAUGGUCAACCCUUCCCAACCCUUUCCCCCCAGACCUCCAGCUGAAACCCAGAGUGAGUGAGCCUCUUGUCGCCUCUGGCCGCCACCUCAUUGUAGCUUUGCCUUUUUCCUGUCCUCGUAUUUCCUCCCUCCCCAUGAUGAUGUUUACAUGUGAUUGCCAUGACAUCGCUUUCUGUGGACUGUGUCUGAUAGCCUCCCUCCCCCCCUCCCCAUCUAGGAAUGGGCAGUGCUAUCCGUCUCUGUGCUGUGCUGAUGUUUAAAAAAAAAAACAAAAAAAAACACAAAACCGUUAAGUGGAAUUCUUCCAUCUCCUUCCUCAGCACAAGGCUGAAUCAAAGCUCACACCUGGGCUCUGGUUGCAGAAGGAAAAUGCAUCAAAAAUGGAAAGAAUAUGAAUGGAUUGAGUGCAGCCAAGGGUCCAUCCAGGGUAUCUGCAUCUGCUUUAGAAUCUCAGAGUGGUGGAAUGCAGCUGGAGUUAGGGGGUAACCCAGGCUUAGGAAAGCAACGGUGCCAUCAAUUGUGCAAGAGGAAAGAGAAGGUCCCAUGAUUCAAAGACUCAAUCCAUACUCAAGUCCUAAUUUAGGAAGAGAUGCAAUAAGUGGUCUUUUUAAUGCCUAGAGCCUAUAAAAUAGUUUUGAGAGACUUCUCCAAGACUUAUGCAAUAUGCACACUGGUGCCCAUGGGGAGGGUGGGCCAUUGGAGGCCCAGAGGUCUGAAGGUCAGCAGCUAGGGUCCUGCUGGAUGUCCAGAACUACCUGUCUGGGGUUGGUGAAGGACAGAGUAUUUAGUUGCUGCCAGUACUAUACUUGAAGCUUGUCCUGGAGACUUUAAAAGAAAUUAUAAUGCUAAAGUGAAACAGCCAUCCCCAUGUACUUUGUUAAUAGCGAUGGGUGCUAGAGCAAGGGGUCCUCUGAGGUUUGCUCUCCUUAAGCUGGAGAAGCUUUCCUGAGCUCAGAGAGCCAAAGCCUUCAAGGGAAGGAGUUGCAUGUAGAGGGGAAGGAAGACUUCCUCAUUUUCUUGGCCAAAGGAGUGGGACUCCUCUCUGCGCUAGAUUGACCAAGGGGAAAAAAAGUCCAUAGCAUUGUGCAAUAUGUUGGAUCUGGUCCCGCUAAACGUAUCCUUUUGCAUUUCAAAGGAGAAAUGGACUCAAGUGUUCCUUGCUGAAUCUGGAACAAUAUUGUAAAGAAAAUAAUAAAUCCAGCUUCUAGAGCACUUUACAAUUUAUGAAGUAUGUUUCUCAUGGUGAGCCUAUAAAGUACAGAGUGCAAGUAUUAUCUCCCAUUUUGCCGAAGAGAAAAGUGAGGCUCCACGAGGUUAAGUGAUUUGUCCAAGGUUAUUUAUUGGCAGAGCUAAGAUGCAAACCUAGGUUUCCUAGUGACUCUAAGUUCAUGUUUCCUCCCCCAACACCACUGCACUAUAGAGCUAAAGGGAAAGCAAUAGGAGCUUGAGCUCAUUGCUCUUGUAGUACUUGUCUUCCCAGUUUUUGGAGCCCAAUUACUUCAUGCUUUUGGAAGUAGACCUGGGUGACUUUCUGGCAAGCCAGAAGGUCACUUUAAUAAAAGCAUUAAACCAAGGAAGGUCCUAUUUGUCUCUCUGACAAUACCAGGGGUUAAGUUGGAGAGAGGAGAGAUGCUCCCAAGUGGUGGUGAGUGCCAGUGAAGGAAAGAAGAAGCCAGACUGGAAACCACCUCAUUUGGGGGUUAUACAGAGGAAAAUCACACCUGUUUGAGCACUUUGUCAGCUCUCUUUGUAAGAAUACCCAAUAAUAGAAUCUAGAAAUGAAAGUAUGCCUAGCAACUUUGGAAGAGAGUGAAGGACUUUGGAAAGCACUUACUGUAAAGCCAGUCUCUCAGUGAGAGAACACCCUUUGGGGAAACGAAUGAUUUCACUCUAGCUGAGCGAACCGAAACAAGUGACUUCCCCUCUGUGGACCUCAGUUUAAGUCCCCUGUAAAAUGGUUGUAGCCAGGGGGGUGGUAGGAAUUGGACCAGACAAUCCCCAAGAUUCUAUCCUGCUCUGAUAAUAUUCUCCACUCCCUUCUGGAGCUGCUCGUAGUAGACCAAGCCAUAGUGAAGGCAAGAGAGGCUUCUACCUGCUUUCCUUAAUCUCGUUUUUAGCUUUUAGGCCAUUUCUAAUCCUCGGAAUGAAUACUCCCAGUGAGUCAGUCAGCCGAGAGGCAGGGAACCAGCUAUUUUUACUCCUGUAUGGAGGAGGCCUCCUCAGAGCUUAAGCCAUAGCCUCUUAAAGGAUGAUGUGAGAGGACAACAUUCAGAGAUGCCUACCUGCAGUGAAUGCAUUCAUGGGAAGGUUAUAUCCAGAGAGCUUCUGUUCUCUCCUCACACAGCCUGCACCUUGGGAAACUUUCCCCAUUAGGAGUUUGCUUGUUGUUUAAAAUUUGCAUCGUUGAACAAGAUUUUUCAGACAUUGCUUUUAGAUGGUUAGAAAAUAUCUAGAAAAGCUAUAGGUGGAACAUGAUGAUUCAUCAGUUAUUCUGCAUGUGUUGGUAGCUGUUUUUGUAAAGACGCAACGUUUGUCUGCCUCUUGGAAUUGGUUAACAUCGUCAGAGCUAGACAUGGGCUUCCUUCCAAUUCCCUGUUACGUGUGGACCGUUACCUUAUCUGCAGAACAUACAAGGUAGAGUUGGAAGGGACCCUCGAGAUCUAGUUCAACCCCUUCAUUUUGCAGACGUAGAAAGAGAGAUAGAAAGAGAUGAAGUGACUUGUCCCAGGACAUAGUAAGUAGCAAUCAGAACUUCAGCCCCAGCCCUGCGGACCACAGAGUGGGUCCUCUUUUUGUCAUAUUAGAUUUUCCCCUCCAGGGACAGACAACAGAGCCCUGUGGAUGGAUUGCUCCUGGCCUUGGCAUCAGGAAAACCAGGGUUCCAGUCCUGUCUCUCACAUGCUAGCCAGAUCCUGUAAUCAUGGGCAGGUGCCUCAAUAUACCAGUGGCCCCAAGAAGCUCAUGAAGGCUCAGAGUUUCCGAUGAAUGGCCAACCUACAUCAGCCAGGAGGUCCUGGCACUGAUGAAAUUAGAGGCCCACUCCAAAACCAAAAUGAAAUAAAACAAAAACCCGUAGGUCCCAGCUUUUAAAAUCCUUUGCCCUCUUGACUUUUAAAUACAGAAAGACCUCAAUUUUCAAUUAUCCACUCACCUGAGGGGGCCUAGAAACCACUCAUAUUUCACUUUUCCUGGAGUCAUGAUCAGCUCAUGGGCAUUUUCCAUAGGGCCUGCCUCUUGGAAUUUGUUAACAUUUUUGCCUUACUAAAGUGCCUGGCACAUAGUAGGCGCUUAAUAAAUGUUUAUUGAUUGAUUAUUGAUCGAUAAGGCCAAAAGAGGAUAAAUGCAGGGUAUGUAAAGUAUACAGGGGGCGGGAGGGUGGAAAUCCCAUUUCUCCCUUCUGCUUUCCAUCCAGCUGAGGACGGCAGAGCCCAUUAGAACACUAGUUAUCAAGGGACGUAGAAAUCAUUCCCUUUGUAGAUUUUCCAUGGAUUUCACUAUCUUUUCAAAUGCACUAAUCACCACUGUGGACAUGGGGGACCAAACCUGAACCUCCGUAGAGAGUCCAUGGUAUAUGAAGCAGCUUUCCCCCAAAGUGCAAUACCAGCAAGUCUAAAUCCUGGUAUCCUUAGGGUGACCACUCUGCACAGCUCACCUGUCCCCCCAAAGAGGGAAAGAAACUAGGGAUGGAGGGGGAGCCUAAGGCUUCUCCAAACCUAAGCAGGGCCAGGCCUGUUCUUUCCCAUGUCCUGGAGAGCUCAUGAGCAUGUAAUAGGUGCUGGAUGAAUAUUUGGCUACAGUGAAGAAGGCGGUGAAGGGGUUUUUUUGUAUUUAACUAGCUUUUCUGAUGCUUUCAGGUUAGGAAUAAAAAGUCAUAAAAUAGCCUCUCAAGAAGGCUUUGGGAAUCCCAGAGGUGUCUUGAUGUGGGCAUUUGGUAGAAAAGGAGAUGGUCCACUUGGUUUUCUGGGCAGCUUAUCUUAGGGGAGAAGGGUCCUUCCUAUAGUGCCCCAGGUGAGGGCAGUCUUCCUAGAUCCUUGGGGAAUUCUGCUCACCAUCCGUCCCCAUCCCUCCCAACCAGCCUUGCAUCCUAAGGUUAGCUUUGAAAUCUUCGCCGGGGCCUCCUAGGCCGUCCCAGGAACUCUGACUCUGAUGGAAUGAUGCUCUCUGUCUAUAGGUGAGCUUUAAUCCCUGGCUCUAGGGGUCAGGUGGCAGCCUAGCCCAGCCCAACCUCGACAACCCUCAGCAAUAUUGAGCCAAGGGAAGCCUUCCUCUUUCCAUCAUGGGCUAGAACCUGGGGAUGGUUCCCUGAGCUGAGAUCUGCAUCCCUCCCAAAGGGCACAGUUAGGGGCAUUAUUGAUCAGGAAGCUAGGCAAAGAUAAAUGCAGCAAAGAGUGCCCAUGCAUGGGUGUGUGUGUUUGUGUGAAUGAGAGAGAGAAAUUCAGUUGAUGCAUUUCUUGAGAAAGGUGCAAGAAUUUCACCUACAGAGGGACACAUCUGCUUUGUUAUUUAUAAUAGAAAGCUCAAUUUUAAUUUUGUAAAAGACACCGCUAAUGAUUGAGAAUCAAGUUUUUAGUUUUGCUAUUUUUUUUAAUUGGUAGAGGUUUUUAUAUAUUUUCCCGCUUAUGUUGGGAUGUGUCCUUAUUUAUAUAAUAUACUUUAACCUUCAAAGGCAAGGGGUCCCUAUGCCUUUUAUUAUUAUUGUUGUUGUUGUUGUUAUUGUUAUUGUUGUUGUUAUUUUAUUUCUAGUGUGAUUUACUUGUCUACCUUCUAAAUGAAAAAACGUUUCCUUGUAUUUUUACAUUGUCAGAUUCUAUAGUUUCAUAGAUAAUUUAACCAAAUUGCUCUGUGUAUUAUUAUCCCGUGAGUAUAAAGUUCUAUUUUAACUUCUGUAAAUAUUUCAGAACGGGCUUCUUUUUUUCAAACUCCAGCUAUGGAGCUAAUUGUUUACAUCACAAAGACUGUAGAUUCUCUAUGCUCAUGUACUGUAAAUAGUGACGUGAUCGCCGAUAAAUAAACUAUAACAAAUACACUACUGUGUUUAAAAACAAUACAAAA